UAUUUAAAUUUAAUUGGAAUUUGAGUCGAAAUAGAAAUUUUUUAUUUUUUUGUUUGUUUUUGUUUGUUAGUUUCGAUUAUUUAUCAGGGAGGAGGGUUGUUGACAAUGUUUGUAUUUUAAUAUCAAAUUGAUCACUCACUUUUCCAAAGAAAUUUUAUUUUUAUUUGUUUUUUUUAGAUUUUCUCUUUAAAGAUUUUCAAUUAAAUUAUUUCAAUAAUGUUUAAUUCUAACACGGAAUCGAAUACUACAAAGUUUUUUUUCUUUUCUUUUUUUACUUAAUUUUUUUUCUAGCUCAAUGGAACAGACAAAGAAUUCUGCUAGCGAUGAAUUUAGUUCCUUUAUUGACAAAUUGGAACAACUUUGGGAUAAAGUACAUAUGGAAGAGUUUAUGCGGGAAGAAAGAAGGCAACAGAUUUCCAACUUCCAUCGAAAGCUCCUUUCGGAUCUUCUUACUGGCGAGGAUAAGCUGGUUACAGAAGUUGGGAUUCACAUUGUUGAGUAUCGCAAAGCAGUUCACGGCCUGAAUCAAUUAUUGUGUGAGCCUUCGUUUGAUGAAAGUGCUUACUUGCCAGGAUCCGUUUCUUUGUUGGAAGCUCUAAAUGUCGAAUUUAAGCGUUUGACGAAGAGGCGUGAUCAGGGAUUUAAAGUCCAGAAGGAGUUAUUUGAUACUUAUGAAUUGGCCUGCAAACGUUUGGGUGAACAGCCAGAAAAUGUUGAUGGACUUAACGAGCGGUUUUUGUCCGCUUCUGAGUUGGAGGCCCUUCGCAUAAGAGUUGCCGAAUUAAAGAGAAUUUUGAAUGAGCGUUUGCAAAAGGCAUUUCAAUAUCAAUCGGAGGCCAUCAAGAUUUACGACAUCAUCCAUCACGCUUCCACUCCUGUUUUGACUGAAACUGAUCAGCAUUAUUUGAAGAUCAAUUUGCACAGUCACGACACUGUCAUGUCAACUACUUUAUUGGAUAAAUUGGAAGCUCUUUGUCAAAAGCUCAAGGAUCAACAUGAUUCAUGGCUUGAACAAGUUGCUUUUCGUUAUGAUGAACUUUUGAUACAAUUCAGCGAUGUUUCUGAGAAAUGCUUUAUGUCACCUGCGGCUAAACUUUCUUUUGAGAAUAUCGAUCCUUCCAAACUCAACGAAUCGGAACUUAAACGAUUGCAAGAACAAAUUCAGGAUCGCGAAGAGCUCUACAAACGUGCUCAACCAGUUUUUGAUUUGCUUCGAGAAUGGAUGAAUAAUUGGAGGCAAAAGUUGGAAGCUGAACGUCGUGUUUGCCGCGCUUCUUUUUAUAAGAAUCGUGGUGGCAGUUUGAAUCAAAAGCUUAAGCAACGUAAAAUGCUUGACAUGAAAUUACCCAAGCUUAUGCAGGAAUUGCAUGCUGCUUGUGACAAAUAUGAAGAACAUUACAUCGUUGAUGAUAUUAUGGUUAGUGGUCUUCGUGCUGAUCAGUAUGCUGAGCAAGUGGUUUCAGACUAUGAACGUGAACGUGAAUUACUUCGUGUCCAAAAGCAACUUUCGAACACUAAAGGCCCACAGACGCCAGGGCGCAUCAAAAAUGUGUUUGGAACAACGACUACAACCAUAAGUGCACAAUCAACACCGACACGAACAACUCCAGUGCGUCCUCCUGCUGCUCGAAAACUCAUUCCUAAAAUGCCGAUCGCUGCCUUCAGGCCUCGAAAACGUUCACUUUCGGAGAGCCAGAUUAGCUUUAUUCAUCCAAUUCAUCCGUCUAUUGCUGGCCCUCAUACAAGUUCUCCUAAGCCUGAAGGUGACUGUUCUUGA